UGGGAUCACGGAUGGUGAUCGUUUGACGGUCUGCUUCUGGAUGUCAGUGCUUCAGAAGUUCUUUGAAAUUUGGAGGCACUGCGUCUCCUUAGAGCUUUCUCUUCUCUGUCUUCCCUAACACUCCUCUCUGCUACCCUGUCUCUACUCUUUCUGCUCUUCUCGUCAGUGUUUCCCCCUCGUCCCCUAAAUGUUCAAGGAGAUUCUGUUAUUGGCCUUCUCGUCUCGCCAUUUCAGUGAUUCUAAUCUUUGUGCCACAGACCUCUCUGAGAUUUGAUGAGAGUGCUGGGGCUCUCCUCCCAGAAGAUAGACGUGUGCAAAUAAAGGCUGUACGUGUCCUGGGAGCAGCAGCCCUGUCCCUGAUUCUCCCCAAAUAAUCCGGGCUUUUCAAAAGGUCAGGGUCCCAGCCGAUACCUCCAUACUUGGGACGCCCAGAUCUGUACCUUGGGCUCCAGUCUCUCUGAAACCUCAAAUCCUCAUUUUCAGGUCUUCACCAGGCAUCUCUGCUCACACGUCCUGUGGGCUCGCCAAACUCCGCCCUGAAAUGGAAGUUACCAUCUUCCCGCCCAGAUCUUACGUUGCCGUGUUUCCCACCUUAAGGGCUCUACUGUCUACAGUAUCGAAAGUCAUCAUGCCAUGACUUGCCCAUGUUUGUCCAGCACUUCCUUCUGACACUUCACCUAUAGUUGGCAUCCAGGUGAAGCCAUCCACUGACUCCUUCAACAGAUAGGAAUGUCUGCUAUGUGCCUGGGCUGUUCUUUGCUUACAUUUUGGUAGAUGAAUCAAGACAUCGUUGCUGCCUGGCUGGAGUUUUGUGUGUCCUUAAGUGUCUGCCCACCUCAUUUUAUAGGUGAAGGACCUGGGCAGCCACCCUUGGGAAACCGUUACAACAGCUGCAAUGCAGAAAUACCCAAACCCUAUGAACCCGAGUGUGGUUGGGGUGGACGUACUGGACAGACAUAUAGAUCCCUCUGGAAAGUUGCACAGCCAUAGACUUCUCAGCACAGAGUGGGGACUGCCUUCCAUUGUGAAAUCUCUUAUUGGUGCAGCAAGAACAAAAACGUACGUGCAAGAACAUUCUGUAGUUGAUCCCGUAGACAGAACAAUGGAACUUAAAUCUACUAAUAUUUCAUUUACAAAUAUGGUUUCAGUAGAUGAGAGACUUAUAUACAAACCACAUCCUCAGGACCCAGGAAAAACUGUUUUGACUCAAGAAGCCAUAAUCACCGUGAAAGGAGUCAGUCUCAGCAGUUACCUUGAAGGACUAAUGGCGAGUACGAUAUCUUCAAAUGCUAAUAAAGGCCGAGAAGCGAUGGAAUGGGUGAUACAUAAGUUAAAUGCCGAGAUUGAAGAAUUGGCGGCUUCGGCGAGAGGGAGCAUAAGGACACCGAUGGCAGCGGCGGCAUUUGUAGAGAACUUUUAUCGAUGGGAAAUCCUUACUUUGGAUACCACGGGGCAGCUGCAGUCUGAAAAUGUAUCUCCCAUUUUGUAGGCGGGCAGUUACCAGCCAGUAAAUAGUAUCUUCGAUACUUGCAGUUGUUGCAUAGAGGAUUUUUCUUGGAAGGUGAUCAGCUCUUGUCUUUAUUUUCAAUGCUUAACGUAAUAAACUCCUCAGGUUUCCUGGAAAAGAAACCAGUUAAUAUAUGUACAUAAACCACAGAAAUACUAUAGCAAAUUAUUUAAAAAUUAGAGUUUUUCUACUUAAAGUAUUGUUUAGCUUGAGACUUCUUAGGACUUUUGUAAAAGCAACUGAAAUCCAAUAAGGUUUUUGAUUAUUUUUUGUAACCGGAGAUGAUUUUUACAAUUGAGAUAACAUUUCAGUUAAACAAAACAUUGGAAAAUAUUGAUAUUUGAUUUAAAAGUUGCCUUGUAUAAUUUCUGUAAAUUAUACUUGUAAAAAAGGUGUAAUGCCCUAAUGAUAAAACGAUUUCUGAACAAAAUUUUUUCCUGU